AAGUCACCUGUCAGGCGUUUGUUAGCGUGCUAACCUGGUGCUAACCGAUAUGUUUACAGUUGCUUAAAUGUUGUCAUUUCCGCGGACCGCUUACCAGUGACCAUAAUGGAGCUGGUAUGGGAGGAUCCUCCAGUCCCUGAGGGUCCUUUCUUUACCAGAGAUCUCUAUGACAAAUAUUCACUCGCACCUAAUAUCAGAGAAUUAUGGGCUUUUCUCCAAAGUCCUGCAGAGAACAUAAAACAGGACUGUGAUGUUGAGGCUGCAAAAGCCUCCUGCUUCUCUUCUGUAAGAGAAGCAGCAGAGUUUAAAGACAGCAGUUGCAUCAGCAAAGAUGAGUCCUGUUGGGACAGCUGUGAUAGCGAUGAUCUGUGUGGAGACGAUGCUGUGGGAGGUGCAGAGGAAUGUAUGGAGACUAAAAAAUCAAGGGAGAAGCUCAUGCAGGUUGAGAAUGAGGCAAGCGCUGCUUAUCCUGAACCCAGACUGCCCUACCCCUGUAUGUCCAGCCUGUCCAGCAAAGACCAGAUCACGUAUCUUGGCGUUUUGACGAAUAAGAAAACAAAGCAUCCUCCACAGCGCUUGCAGGCACGAGUAAACAAUGAAGUGAUGCAGUUCACCAGGUACCUGCAAGAUGUGGCCAAAAUCUGUGCUGACGACUACAACUUCAUAUCACAGGGAGCUAUGCAGUAUUCAGAGGAGUACUUCAAGGCGUGUUUGGAGCAUAUUAAGACAUUUCCUGAGCUCUACCAGAUCCAUGAGAUGACUAGUUUGACAGGUGGAACGUUCAACCCAGGGCUGACGCUGACCUUUGAGAAACAGCUGUUGAUCAUGGGCAGUGUGGAUAUUACCGACCACAAGAUAGUGCCUGCUGAUGCGCAGCUUGCAUCGGAUUAUCAGAGUGUUUCAUCAGAGAAUCCUCCAGCUAAAAAAGCCAAGGACAUGCACGCUGCAAUCAGCGGUGACAGUAAUGCGAAGAGCCUGAGUGCUCAUUAUGAGCCUCAUGUGUGUCUGACUCGAGAUGCUCUGGUCAGGCUGUUAGACAACCACGGCCCUGACUUCAGAGAGCAAUGGGAGCUGCCUGUUCGGAUUGAAUCAAAUCCAGGAAAAGGCAGCAGUCAGAAGAAGACUGUGUACAUAGACUCACCUUUUCUAAGGACAGAAAUGACCGUGAGAGAGAGGAGUCAUAUCUACCACGAGGAGAGUUUGAAGCUUUCUUUCAAGAGGAACGAAAGGAAAAAUGUGUUCCAUUUGAUGACCGAGCUUCUUGAGGAUGAGCAGCAAAUCUCACCGCAGGAGAGCCCACAAAGAAAGUUGGUACCUUUUGAAAACGAUGGUCUUGACUUUGAGGUGGACCUCACUGACCUGGAGACUUUUGGAGAGACGUGUGUUAAAAGUAAAAAAUCUUCAAGAUCUCCACCUUUAAGUGAGACUAGAAGGUCUACUGAGAAUCUAGUAAACACCAGCAGCAGUUCACAAGAAGAGAUGAACACCUCCUUGACAGAUAUGGAUGAUGUAACAGAGGAGAGAACCCAGCCGGUUGUGAAUGAAACCAUUACACCAAAAACUGAACAAAGGAGAGCAGACUCUUCUCAGGAAAGUAACAAAGACCUACCUUUUGUUGGAGACUCAGAUGAGGAGAAGCUGGUCAUUGACGACUCUCCGACUAAAACACCACCAACACAAUGUAAGCCUAAAACCACACCAAGCCCCCCAGACCCCCCAGCUACCCCUGUCUCCAAGUCUGCACCUGGAAAUCCAGAGUCCUCUUCCCCUCAAAAAGUUACAAAGCAGAAGCGACAACCCAAAAGAGCAAAGGUGUGUGGCGACCAGCUGAGUGACAUCCUGCGCAUGCAGACAGCCAUGUUCAGCUCUGCCAGUGACACAACCAAAAGCUCCACCGUAUCCCAGGAGACAACCUCACCCAACCGAGCUACUGGACCCUCAGUUCACUCCCAUCCAGUGUCUCUGGUCAAACCCUGCGUGUCCUCGUAUUUGGAGAGAAGCCAGGCUGGAGAGACCUGCGCUUCUCCUCAGGAUUCUGCACCAGCGGUCAACGUUACUACUACAGAGCACAGAAAGAUACUGUCACAGGACCUGCAGGCUGGUGCGGAAGAUGAACAAGAUUACAAAGCUCCAGAGGAAGGCAACCUGCUCUACAAGCUCUACAGUCUGCAGGACUUGCUGCUCAUGGUGCGCAGCUCUGUCUUACUGACCCAUACCAGAAAAGUGGGCCAAACCAGCCAAAACCAGUUAGUGCCAGUGCAUGUGUUGCCAAAGCUGGAGUACCAGUUGAGUUAUGGCGUUGAGUGUCUCAGCAGCAGUGAGGCCUGCCAGCUGUGGACUGAGACAUUGCUCCACUCCAGCACUGCAUCAUACAUAGCUCACAUCAAUGCGCACACAUCAAAAGUAGCUCUGCUGAGAAAGCUGCCUGACGACUGGAAACAGAACAUCUCCUGCGGGUUCAAGCCAUCCAAAUCACUGAAUAUCCUGCACCACCUACUGAAAAAGCUAACUGGGUUAGAGGAAGGCCAGUACCUGAUUGCGCACAAAGCAGGGGAACCAUUUGUGACCUUAUUAAAAGCAGCUAAUGGGAAAGUGAGUCGGGGGGCAUAUAAUCUGCAGCAGGUCCACAGCUCUGUCCCACAGCCCCCCGCCUCCGGCCUCCUGCCCUGGAUACCUGUUGAUCCCGCUGUGGUCCUGCCCUUCCAUCAGAAGCACGGCCGUGUCCCCUGCACCUUCCCACCAAAACCAUUUAUAAAGACAGAGAAAGGUGGCUCAUCGCAGUCCAACGCCCACGGAGCUGGACAGUCCAAUAACAACUCAAACGCAGGCAACAAGAAGAGGAAACAAAAAAAACGUGUGGCCAGGCGUAACAAAUAUAUCAAAAAGCUCAUUCAGAAGUCCAUAUAGAAAAAUGCCAUUCUUUUCAUUUCAUAAGAGGAAGUGAGAUGAGGAGCUGGAUCUGUACUGCUGUGGAAAGCAAGCGAAGGAAAGUAAGGAAAGAAAGGAAAGCAUUGACAAUAUGAUUUUAUAUUGGAAAUAUAUCACGACUCUUAAUUUAAAUGUGAAUGCUGAAGCACUUUGAUAGUUCAAUGAAUGUUCUCCUUACGUUUUUAUUUUGUUGGAAGACUUUUUUGAAUAUAUAUUUUUAAUUUUGUAAUGUUUUGUGAAAACAGAUAAAUAAACUUUGUCCAACUGUUUGUUUGGACUGUUUGAAGUUAAGAUUAACCAUAACCUUGAAAAUCUCCUGAAGGCAGCAAUGCUCUAGUGAUUUUGAGUAGUGUGUGUGUGUGUGUGUGUGAACUUGUGGA